AUGAAUCAGAUGUCAAAUUUGAAACGGAAAUUCAAAAUUGCUUUCACACGAAGUGAUUGCCGAAUAUUUUGGAAAAAAACUGUAAAAUAAAAGAAAGUGAUUAGUUAUAUGAAGCGAGAAGAAUUUUUCAAUCAAAAUUAUAAUGGUCAGGUUUCUUAUGAUAGAAAGAAAUCUGCAGUGGUGUAUAUAAAACAGCCCGGAAAGUAAUUCUUUGCAAAAUGAAGCUGUGGCUGUCACUUUUCGCUUUGACGUUUCUUCUGACUAUAAAUGUAGGGACUUCACAGAAAGAUGACAUGUACAACUGUGAAGAUGUGAACAUCGUGACGCGUGAGCAGUGGCGGGCAAGGAACGCCAUGCGAAACAGAAGAAUCCAUCUUCCCGUGAACCACAUCGUCAUGCUCCAUACAGUCACCAAGUUUUGUAGGUCUCGACAGCAGUGCUCCAGGGCCGUUCAGUUCAUCCAGGAUCUCCACCUGGACGAUAGAGGGUGGUGGGAUAUCGCCUACAACUUCCUUGUCGGUGGUGAUGGAAAUAUCUACGAGGGAAGAGGAUGGCUGAAUACCGCAUCCUUCGCCAUGUAUUACAACUACAUUUCCUUUGGCAUCGCAUUCAUCGGCAACUUCAACAAAGACAGGCCAACGGAAGCGAUGGUGAAUGCCACCCAGAAUUUGAUCAAAUGUGGCAUCAAGAAGGGUUAUAUUUCACCGACUAGUGAAAUCCAUGGCCACAGAGAUAUUACUUGCACCGAAUCUCCCGGAGACAACCUGUACGCCGUAAUUCGCAACUGGGACAACUUCAAAGGAGGGCGUCUUCCGAAUUAUUACUGCAACAAAUUGGGGCCUCCAGAUGCCAACAGGGAUAUCGUCAAUGAGUGAUUUCUGCGGCAUUUUGUUGGAACAUCAUUAGCGAUUUUGCAUGAAAAAACUGGACUGAAAUUAAAUUAGCGAACUUUACAGAAAGGCAGUCAGAAAAAUCUUUGCAUAGUUUACUAAUUUAUCCAUUUUAAUUCUCGCUUCCCAUGAAAUUCAUUACUUUAAAAAUAUACAUAGUAAAUUUCUUGAUCACAAGUGAUUUCAGAUAUUACCUAUAGAUUAUUUCUGAAAUCAUUAAAAAUUAAAUAUAUAAGAGUAUGACGAUAUACUAGUAUCUUAAUAUUACAGAUUGUAAUAAUACUGUAUUUGGGGAAUUUUGCACAUAUUUUGGCUGUUGUAAUUUUAGAAGAAGCGAUAUUUAAAAGCAACAUUUAUGUUUGCCCAAUAAUAAUGUUAACUUUAUGGAAAAAAAAUAUUUCAUAAUAAUUAUAAUAAUAAUAAAUUAUGCUUUGCAUUCUUUUUCACGUGACAAACAAUGAAAACAUAUUUCCUAUCAUCAUAUUACGUCCCAAGUGUAGUGGAAGUUUAUUUUCCACCUUCCAAUGAUAUCUCAUCAGUCAUAAGAAACUUUUUCUACUUUCUAAUAACAGGCCUUAAGUAACCUUAGCAGUACACAAAUACUGUAUAAUAUUGUAUGACAUUGAUCAAUAUUCACAAAAUUGUAUAAUAUUGAUUAAUGUCAUAUAAUAUCGCAAAAUAUUGUACAAUAAUGCACAACAGGCUGUACUAUCUGGGAAUGGGAUAUCACUCUCUAAAUAAAUCCCCUAGAACAUGAAAGAUUACUUCCCCCUUUUAGGGAUAUCCCAUGGGGGACAUGAAGUAUAUUUUCUUCCAUAAAUAAUUUUUGAAAAUGAAAUUAUUAUUUUGAAUUAAUGAUUUAUUUAGACAAAUGGAUUUCUUCUUUAAAAUUAAAAAACAAAAAAAAAAAAUAAUAAUUCAAAAGAAAAAUUUUAAAUAGUUUCAAAAUUGUCUAAUUUUAUCUAAUAAUUGUAUUUCUUUUUCGAAUUAAUUCUUUAUUCUAAAAAUCUAUCCAUCAUCACUAAAACCAAAAAUUUAUUUAAAUUAUUUAAUAGCUUACUUUUAUUUUUGAAAGUUGAAUAAAUUAGUAUUGAAAUCUGCACAUCUGGAGCUAUAAAUUCUCAAAUAUUUGAAUAGGUUUUUUUUUUUGUUUUGUUAUUGAAGUGAAACUGUGCAAAUAAUUUUCUGACCAGUACUUUGCAUUACUUAGUUGUAUAUAUUUUUAAGGUGCUAUAUUGUUUUUAUCACUUGUUUAUUUCUUCGUGCUGUUAAAUCAUCAAGCUUUGUUCGUCAGAAAUUAUUUUCUUAAAACUUUUUUGUCUUUCAAGAGAGUGAGAGUUUUGGACUGAAAAACAAGUUUGCAUUUCGAACAUUUCAUAUAUUUUACCUAGCACAAAAGAGGGGCUUAAUUCUAAAUGAUAUAUGUAUUUCCUAAAUGUUGCUAAGUAAUCUAAUAAUUAUUUUAAUUGUGUUUAUUCAUUCCCUUUAGUUGCUUAGCAACGUACAUGUGUUCAGAGCGCCAUCUAUUGGUAACCAAAUGUUUUAAGCAUAUAACAUAACAUAGCAUUAUUAGAAAGCAGUAGGAUAGGAUGGGUUUGGGAUUUCGUGAAUAGAAAUUUUAUCAAAUCCUGAUACAAAAUAAUUUGAACCUUAUUAAAUUAAAUUAUUAUCAUUUUUCAAUUCAAUUAAAUUUAAUUUUAAAUAUUAGCAGUCGAAUUUUUUAGUUUAUUAAAAAGUUUACUAAUCGCCAACAUAUUAGCUUAUUAAAACCUGUGAUUAUUGGUUUCUUAAAAGCUAUAAAUUUUUCUAUAUUUUCGUUUAAAUCAAUGAUUAAUGAAAUGCUAGCAAGGUAAUAGAUUCUACUACUUUUAUUUUGUUUCAGCGUAGGGGGAAAAAUGUUACUUUCAAAAUUUUCAGUAUUCUUUUUUUAAAUCCUUUUUCAUCCCACAAAAAUCAGUACUUAGAGAAAUUUUUUCUGAUAUCUCAUUUUUUAAUCAAUGUAUAUUCUAUUUAUUUUAAUAUUAUUUUUAAAUUUUGAUAUUUCAUGAUGUUAAUAGAUUAAUGGCAUAUUUUUUGUAAAAAUUAUAUUUUUUAUGUUGGUUAUACUGAACCUGAUAUGAAAAUAUUCUUUUUUAAAUCAUAUGACCAUUAACAUUCUUUUAUUCGCUAGAAAAUUAAGUAACUUUAUUGCCACAAAAAUUGAAACGGUUAGAUAUUUGUAUCGUUUCUCUUAUAUUUAGAUUAGGCAUUAAUAUCUGUUGAAAACACUGCUGACAUGUGUUGAGUAUUUUUGUUAAAAAUCUUGUUUCAUAAAUUAUGGAAUAUCAUUAAUAAAAAGAAAGUUUUUUUAAAUUUCCCUUAUAUUAUGUUUAUACUAAACCUGAACUGAAAACGAUUUUAUAAAAAAAAUCAAAAUAUCAUAUGCCUUUAUCAUUUUCUAGAAAAUUAAUUAAUUUUAUUGCUACAAAAAUUGGUAGAUAUUUUUAUCGUAUGGGUGAAUAUAUUUAUAUUGAAAAUGGGUAGAUAUUUUUAUCGUUUCUCUAUAUAUUUAGAUUAGGCAAUAUUUUCUGUUCAAAUCACUGUUGGCUUGUGUUGAGCAUUUUUAUUAGAAGACUUGUUUUAUUAGAAAAAAUGUCAGAAAUAAAAAAAAAAGUUUUUUUUUUUUUUUUACGUUUUGCUUUAUAUUCUGUUCAUUGUUAAAUUAAAUUGUCUGCAUAUAGAAAACUAUAAGCGACUGCAUAACUGUUUGAUGACGUAAUGUGUUUAUAUUUGGCUUAGACCAUAGGGUAAAACUGCUAAUGUUUUUUUUUUUUAAUUUUAUGUAAUUCAAUAAAAUGAAACAAUUUUUUAAAAAAAGAAACAAGACAUAUAUUUGUUAGACAGGAUAUCGGUUUUUGACGUCUAAAAAUUUUUUUUUGAUAAAUGAAAUACAUUUAAAUAUGACAGGAUUGUAUUCAGAACUGUAUAUUACAGUGUAAUAAUAUCUUUAAUUUUUUUAUGUAUUGUCCACUUCACCUUUGACUUCAAAUAAGUGGAAUUUUCUGCUAUUCUUUGAACCCAAUGCAUUGGAAAUUAAUUAUGAAUAGAAAUUAAUGGAAUGUCUUUAAACAAAAUUGUUCUUUACUCAUCCAAAAUUCUAAUUUUAUAUAGUGAUAACGAAUUUCUUGACAGAAAUGUAUGCAUCGCCAUUUUGACAAACCGAUGACGCAGUAACAGUAAAGCAUAUAAUAAAAAAUGUCAUUAAAUAGAAUACGUUAAUGUCUGUCUUAUAGAUAUUAAAAUCUACCGGUAAAAGUGAUAAUAGUGGUAAUUUACCGACAAAAUGAUUAAUCAAUUUAUCACAUUGACCGGUGAUUAUUAAUAAUAACUGAUUAAUCACAAUGACGAUAUGAUACAAUGAUUAGUAUUUUUUAUAUAUAUAAUUCAUUCAUUUUAUUUUAUCUGAUUUUAAUGCGCAAUAUAAUAAGAUUAUUAUAUGUUAUAAAUUAUUAAUUUUUGAGUUUCGAUUUUUUCUUGUGAGUUUUUUAUUUUUGUUUAAAAGAGUAGAUUUCUGUUAAAGAAAUCGGAAGUAAGAUGUGCUAGAAUAACACACUGCGUUUAUAGAGUUUUGCAUUUAUUGAAGAUAUGCAUUUAUAAAUUAUUAAAUAAAAGAAUUUAAUGUGCAUUAUAAUAAAGUGUUCAAAUUUAUAUAUAAAUGAAGAAAUAUAUUAAAUGGCUUGGAAGUUUUAAAUUCUGUACAUAUUCCAUGCAUAUAACAAUUAAUUUGUAAAUUUUUAAAUCAAAGUUUGUCAAAUUAAGUCAUGACUUUUUAAUCAAAAUAUUCUUCACAUCUCUAAAAUGUUCUAGAAAAUUCAGUAGUCUUACUGCCACAAAAGUUUGAUUGACAGAUAUUUUUAGUAUGGCAUGUGCAGAUACAUAACAUAAACAUUAAACACACAUAAUUCCACAUGUUUUCUAACUUUAACUGCAUACUGUCGUAUGUCACUAAAGAUUAUUUGUUUCUUUUUAUAAUAUAAGUGGAACAAUUUCAUAUUAGCAUGAUUAAAUUUGAGCAUGAUAUUCAAUUGAAAAAUAUCAAAGAGCUUGCUGAAAAUCAAACUAAAAUUAUGUGAAAAAUAGGAAAUCCUAAACCGAGGUUUGAAUUAUUAUUCUCUGAUAUAUUUAUUUCUAUUAUUCUGUUUUAUUUUUAGCUGAUGUAAUUCUGUUUCCUUUUUUUUUGCCAUCUUUGAAAGAAUUAAUAUUAGCCUUCUGAAUGCUGCAAAAAUUGCUUAUUUUUUAUAUCAACGUAUUUAUCAUAUUUUUGUAACAACUCCAUCUAUAGACCAACAUUUUAUUUAAAAUCUAAAUGUUUGACAAAAUGCUUUAUUGCUGGUUAAACAUCGACUCAACUGGAUAAACUUUCAGAUAGAAGAAGCAAACAUAUUACCGGGUAUAUCGAGUAGUUUGUGAAUUAUGUUGCAUUUAUACUGCUCGUGAAAAUAGUGGAAUAAAUAAUCAGAGGGUUAAUAUAAAAAUACUAAUGAAUGCAUUGUAUUUUAUCAGAAUAUACGGUUCAGAAUAUUAUGCAAAUCUCUGAUAUUUCCAUUACAUGUUAUGAAAUGUACACUAUUUUAAAAUGAUUCAUGUGCCUAUUAUUAUCAAUGAAUUUUCUGUUUUAACAAUGAUUUAUGAAUGUAAAUAUUUGACAUUUUUUAUUUAUAAAU